AGUUGCAUUCCCAAAUGUGACUGAAUGGUUCUUGACAGUGUCACARUCGAACAUCAAUGGAAGAUCAGGAAGCUUCGUUGUGUUUUCAUAGCUCUAUCCAUGGGGAAGCUAGUAAUGGAAACACACUUUGAUUGGCCUUUGGGUAACAAUCUUAGUAGUGCAUCACUGGGUAAAUUUGAGGAGGCAAUGAUCAAGGGAAAUCAAAUCCAUGAAGAUUUAUUUGAUUUCAAUCCAGUGAAUGUGGAUGUUGAAACUGCAAUUGUAAUGGCAGGUGAGGAAUGUGGUGUGCAAACUGUACUCUWCCAAAAGGACAUAUUUGGUCAAAACCCACAGUUACAACUGGAUGAACUGUUCCACARAGAGGCUUUGAAGCUUGAGCUUGGAUGUAGUGUAAUUAUUGCAGAUGAUCGUGCUUUCCUAUUUACUGUACACCAGGAUGGGUCUGCCAUGAUUUUAGACUCACAUCAGCAUGGCAGUCAAGGAGCAGUUAUUGCACACACCAAAUCUGGUCAUGUCAAGUCACUGGCUUCAUGGUGCGGUGCUAUGAUGCAAAGAGACUGGCAGUAUGUGYUUGUGAUUGCUUCAAUGCACAAAAUUGCAUAUAGCUAGCAGAAAGCAGUGCAUUUCUCAGCAUUGUACAGGCUUUCUUAUAAAUUGUAUAUGUACAUGUAGAGUAAUUCUGUGAAAAAGUAAC